AGUCCCACGUCCCACGUCCCACUUAAUUAAUGUCUGUGUAACUACAGUUUAUAUUUUCAUUUUGUAUAGAGAGAAUGUCAUAUUUGUGUGUAUUAGAAAUAUGUAUUCUGCUUUUUAGUUUUGCGAACUUGAUUUUCGAAAAUCUGGUGGAAGUAUUGUAAAUAUCUUACGAUAGAUUGAUGACAGUAGUACAUAGCUAUGUAUCUAUAACUACGUAUCCCAGAUUUCAUUCUUGUAAACAUUGCGUUGGGAUUUAAGGGAGUCAUUGUUUCUUCAUAUGAAAUUAGUUUCUAUUGUAUGUAUUAUUGAAAGUAUUUAUUUGACGGUGACGAUUGCCCAUGAAAGAGUUCCGUGAACGAUUGAAUAAUAUGUGAUUUUCUUUGGAAUCGACAGAGUAUGGAUACAGCAGUCUUGGUUGGUCAGUCCAUGGUUUAUUAAAUAAGUGUAAUGAUCUUAAUAUUUUACCAUGGAACAAGCAGAUGUUGAAGUACAGAAUAAUACUGUUGAAGUACAAUCGAUACCAAUAGUAGAUAUUUCCACUUCGUUUGAUUCACAAUCAGACAAUCAUGUGAGGGUCAUAGAAAACAUUCCUGACGAUCAGGAGAAUUGUCCCCAGAAUUACAAGGAUAAUGUAGUUGAAGCUCCUUCAACUACAGAUGAAUAUGACUUAAAUAUUUCAGUGGAGGCAGGUGAAGUCAAAGAAGAUGAAAUCAUGAAAGAUGUUAAUGCUGACGUAAUCGAUAAGUUGAAUGAACAGAUAAUUAAUAGUGAUACACAAGGCGUAAUCGAUAACAGUCCCUCUGUGGCAGUUAGCAAUGAUAUCGAAGUCGAUAAUAACCAGGGUACAAAGAAAAUAGUAGCAACUGAAGAGAAACAAAAAGAAAUUGUAGAAUCAAGUAAAGAUGAAGACAACGAAAACUAUGCAAAGGAUAAAUUAAUAAUUGAAGAGAGAAUAGAAGAUCUAAAUGAUGAUCAAGAAAAAGAUACAGAUAAAGAAAAAGAUGAACAAAGUCUUAAGGAAAAUGUUUGUAUAGUAACAGAUGCUGAUGCUCAGAGUCAAGUAUUAAGAAAGUCUCCUGAUCAGACUCUUGAAAAUAAGGACCAAUCUUUGCAAGUUACAGAAACAGAGGCAGAUUUAACUAAACUGGUUGAUAGUGAUACAGAUGUUAUGGUUGUAACUGUAGAGUCAGUAACUCUGAAUGAAUCAAAUGCAACUGUACCAGAUCAUGUUGUUGUAACUGACUCUUUAGUACUAGACAAAGAUACUAAAAAAGCCGACAUUGUGAAGGAACAAUUUGAUUUGAUUGACUACAAUCAGGAAUCUGAGGGAACUAUCAUUGAAGUAAUCUCAACAGAAGUAGUACAGUCUGAGGUCUCAGAAAUAUCAAUCGAAGAAAAGGAAAACGAGUCUUCAAAACAUGCAACAUCAGACACUGAUCCUGCAGCAUCAGAAAUCGCCUGUAAACCAAGAAUUGUAUAUAAUAUUAGUAUUAAUGACGGUAAGAUAGAGAAGAAACAAAAUGAUGCCAAUCAAGAGAAAAAUAUAGAACAAUUAGAAGCACAGUCAGAUAAUGAGCUAAAGACUGAAACUUGUGAUAGUGCUAACAAGAGUAAUGAAAAAGAAAAACAUGUUAAUAACGAGACCAAUAUCGCUUCUCCAGCCAUGGAUAAUGUAAAAGAAGAAAUUAAAGAAAAUGAAAUCGAUAAACCAACUUCACCGUUGAAGAAAAGAAGUGUUCUUCAGGAUAUUUUUGAUGACUGGGGAGAUGAAAAUACAGAGGAGGAUAAUCAGUCAGCUACUAAAGAACAAGACACUGUGGAAAUCGAAUUGAAAAGUUUAUUGGACGACGUGAAAACAAGUCCAGUUGUGGAAGAAGAAACGAUUGUGAUCGUCAAAGAAGAAAUUGCAUAUAUAGAAACACCAAUAAAAUCAAAUAGUGAAAAGACUAUAGGAAUUAAAGAAAACAAAGAGGUGCAAAUAUCAAAAGAACAGUCGGAUAAUAAUAAGAAUGCAAACAAGCAACAUAGUGCUGUGAAGUCGCAGAAAAGGGAAUCCAUAAAUUCUACAACUACACAGAAUUUAGCUAAAUCUCAAACACUGUCACAACCAAAGGUCGGUCCUCUUGUUAAUCGCAGUCGCAUUCUACCUUCACAAGCUGAAGUAACAGAAGUUUUGAAGGAACGAUUUCGUGAGAAGCAAAAGUUGGUAGAAACUCCUCCUGGACCUGAUAUAUUUUUUGUUAAAAAACUUACACAGAGAUUGUCAAGUAAAUUAGGUGGAAGCCCGAUAAGUCCUUUACCUGCGCUUAUACCAUUGCCUACUGUUACAUCCACUCCUGUAGACAAAAAAGCCACGGAUAAUGCAGAAACUAAUAAAGAAAUUAACAUAGAAACUAGUAGAGAAAGCAGUUCUGAUAAUAAAGAAUUGUUGGCUAUAUUAGAGGGUGAUGUAGACCCUGACUGGUCAAAUUUAAAGCCACCAACUUUAACAGAAGAGGGGAAAGGACCAGUAGAUAUUGAAGAAAGUGGUCAUAACACACCACCAAAACUUGAUCCUUUAGUUGAAAGAGAGUUGGCGUUGAAACAACUUCUUGAGUUACCUGUUUCACCUGUUAAGAAAACUCCCCCAAGAAAGAAGAAAACGUUCAAACCUGCACCUUCUAAAGUUAUCAAGAAUAUAGAAGAGAAGUCAGUUCCUGAAGUAGAAAAGGAAGUCAUUAGUAUUGACCUAGCAAACGAUUCAACAGAAUCAAUUUCAAAAGAUGCAACACCAGAUGCUGACUCAUCUUUGAUUAUUGACACUACUCCAGAGAAGAGUAUAGGUUCACAUGGAAAAGAAGUACGAGGAGAUGAAUCGAGAUCAGGUAGAAAACGAAAACUAACAGAGAAAGCUAGAGAACACGAGGAACAGCUUAAUAUCGUAAAAAGACAGAAAGUGUAUAAAAAUAAAUCCUCAGUAAAUAAGAAGCAGCCUCAGGAUAAUGAACUACAGCCUGUAGCUGAUGUAAUCUUAGUAACUGAGAAUCACGAGUCCCCUAAAGAGGACGAUACCACUAUUGAUAUCACAAUUGAAGAAUCUGAUUGUUCAAUUACAAAGGAAGUGGUAAAUAAAGAGCCUACAAAUAAAACAGAUUUAACAUCGGAUAAACUUGAGAUUAUGCCUCCAAGACGUCCAAAGCAAAAUCUCAGCAGAAAGGCAUCUCAGAUUCCUAAGAGGAACAUAGUUGUGAAGAAAAUAUUGAAACAAAACAUGUCUUCUGGUAAGAAAGCUGCUUUAAAAGCAAAGCUGAAUACCGCAUCAAAGAAAUCUGCAUCAAAAGUUGCUUCAAAAUCUAAGCAAUCAGUGCAAAGUAGUUCUGGAGAUUCCAAGCCGAAAAAAAAGAUUAUUAACGAAAUAGAUAGACUGCUCCAGGAUGAGGGUGUUGUAAAUUUGUUAUAUGACGUGGAACAACCAGAUAAAAAACGUUUCAUCCCUAUCACUAAGUCUCAAGCGAAGGUUAUGGACAUCCAAAAAGUACAACGCGAACUGAAUUUCCGAAAAAAGUUAGUGCGCAAUGCUGUUUUAAGAUUGCGUACCGCUACAACAGGUGUGUCGAAAGUUUCUCCUAGGUCAAAAAGAACUUCUAUACAUAUAAGUGAAGUGCAACCAGAUAAGAAAGUUGGAGAACAAGCUGCAACAGGAAAAUCAAAUUCCAUUUCCCAACAAGAUUUUAUUUUGCCUGCGAAGAUCAGAAAUGCAGCGGACGCAUCUAUUAUAAUUAGAAGACAUUCGUCCAGUUCUUUUUCCAGCGCAUCUGGAAGUCCUAGGGUCAGCAUUGACAGCCCAGAAAAAAUUGAGGGAACAAAAAACGAUGAAGGAGGUUCUCAUACGUUGAGGUCCACGAAAAGGAGACUUUCAGAUGAGGGGGCGAACGUGAAAAAAAGUAAAAAAAAAGUUGUCCAAAGAGUCGACAUGGAAGCUGUAGCUGCUAAUAAUGUAGAGGACAAAACGCUUCGUCCAAAGAAAUCAGAUUCCAAAAAAAGUGAUAAGAAUUCCAAGCAAGUCGAUGCAGCAGUAACAGAGGAAACCAGUUCAGGCAAAGUUAUAACACGAUCGAAUGGUACAACUACAGGUAAGGUAACAUCGAAAACCAAAAAAUCUGCAAAGAACAAAGUUACAUUUGCUAAAACAAGUGAGUCAGAUAACAAUGAAGAAUUCUCCAAAGGAGAAGAUGAACUUUCAGCCUGCCUUGCAGAAGCUGUAAGUGCUCUUUCAGUAGUCAGUGCUGGAAAUCGGUCUGGAAGUUCUACAGCUAAUCGUAAAAGCAAAGGAGCUGUGAACAUAGCUAAGAUAUUAGAAUUGGAUAAUAAUAAGACGAAAUCAGAGACAAGAAGUCAAUUCAGUAAUAAAGAAAUCAAUGUACGACGGCAUGGUAAUCUUGUGCAGUUAAUACUUACCCCGUCAUCCUCGACAAAACUUAAAAAUUCUCUUACGUUGCAGAUGAUGCAAGAGUUCCGUGAAACGUUAUCAAUUUUAAAAAGAGACGAUGACUGCAGAGUUGUUUUAUUAACAUCCACUGGCAGCAGUUUUUGCGAAGGUCUAGAACUUUCUAUGUUACUACACACAAAUAAGGAAGAACGACGACUUCGGGCUCAGGAAAUGGCAGACUCUGUUAAAGACUUUAUUAAAAGUUUAGCAACGUUUAAUAAGCCAAUCGUUGCUGGAGUUCAGGGCGUUGCGAUUGGUCUUGGAGUAACAAUGUUACCUCUUUUCGACCUUGUGAUAGCCAGCGACAAAGCAACGUUUAGUACUCCGUAUGGGAAAUUGGGACAAAUUGCUGAGGGAGCUGCCGUUUUCACGUUAUCACAUAUAUUGGGAAGUGCAAUUACGAGCGAGUUACUUUUGGGUGGCAGAACUCUGACCGCUAGCGAAGCAUUAAGGGCUGGCCUGGUUACAAGAGUCUUAUGGCCUGAUAGAUUUCAAGUUGAACUGUUACCAACUUUGAAAGCUAUGAGUGAACAAUCUUCGCAGUCCAUGGAAGCCACAAAGGCCCUAUUACGUCACAGCCUGAGGAAGAAAUUGGACGCAGCAUUGGAGUCAGAGACGUAUUUACUAAUCCAGCACUGGUGUUCUGCAGAGUGUCAAACUGCUAUGAAGGCUUACGUUGACGGCAAAGUCCAGUGAACAUUCAAAUGAUGCCCAACGAUUUGAAUGGAAGUACUAGCCACAUAUUCCGACACAACAACUAGUAUUGUAAAUUGGGUACGAAGAAUAAUAACAAGAUAAUUAAUUCGGGAGACAUUAAAGUGAGAAAAGGAAUCGUGAUUCCGGUGUGUUAAUUAACAUCAAUGCACGAUUAUUUUUAAGAUAAAACAAGUAAUAAUGUCGAAUCAUUCGAUCAGAUGGACUAUUUUAAUAUUAGGUCGUUUAAGCACAUACACUUUCCGUAACAUGUUAUUCUUGCUAGAAUAAAAAUAAAACGACCAUCAUAAGCACUGUGGUUGAUAUUGUGUUCUUUACAUAUACAUAUAUUUGAAUUGAUUAAUCGUGAAUAGAGUAGUUGCAAAAUUACAAAUUAUUUCAACUUUAGUAUAAUUUUUUUAAACUUAUUGUACUAUCGUGCCUUGGUGAACUUGUAAAAAAAUAAUGGAGACCACUAGACAUAGAGGAAGAAAUUUGUAAUUUUUACUCUGAAAAAGCAA